GCAGGCGCACAUCAUGUCUCUCCCCGCCGGUCAUCGUUCUGUACCUUCCCCCUGCUGACCAGGGAGAGAAGGAGCUGGUCCAGCCCUAGAAAUAACUACAUCUCUCUGUCCCCGCACAGACGUUAGGGAAAAAAACAACAACCAAAAUUCCAAGAAACAGCCCACCCAGCAACAUGGCACAUGCAGCUCAGCUCAAUAUCCUGGAGCAGAACUGCCCCAUCCAGGUGGAGCACGAUCGCAGGAGGAGACAAUUCACAGUGCGGCUGAAUGGUUGCCACGACAGGGCAGUGUUGCUCUACGAGUACGUGGGGAAGAGGAUAGUGGACUUGCAGCACACGGAGGUACCAGACGCCUACCGAGGAAGAGGAAUAGCCAAGCACCUGGCUAAGGCAGCCCUGGACUUUGUGGUCGAAGAGGACCUCCGAGCUCACCUGACGUGCUGGUACAUUCAGAAAUACGUCAAGGAGAACCCCCUGCCGCAGUACCUGGAACACUUACAGCCUUAACGCAGGAGACUGCGGAGCCCGGACUGCUCUGGCAGCAGCACGCCCUGCCCCUGACUGUCCGAUGCGGCCUUCGCUUCUGCGCGGUCUCAGGAAGCCCCACGCGCUCUCAGAAUCCUUAUUUUUGUAAGUGCGGACGUGGGGGCUGUGACCCUCCCAAAUAGCGCCGGGGCCCUGGUAAUGCACAGCAGCCGGGCCCUUCCACAGCUGGGCUGGCUCAGGGUUCUGUUGACAGCCGCCUCCCCUGUCACCGCGCCACGGGGUGGAAGGCGAUGGCUUCUGUCGGCCUCCUUCAGCAGCGUCCUCACCCCUGCGGCUCGUCGAAAGCAAGAAGCUGGCGGGCGGAUGUCGGCUUGGGGUAGCCAUCGGGCUCCACCUCUCCUCCAGGAACGUGGGGGGCUGCUGCAGAUCAACCCAUCCUGAGCUGAAGGGGGAUUGUGGAGAGGGGCAGAGUCUUACCCACCUUUCGUCACGGAGGGGAUGGAAGAGUCCGGUGAUAAAGCCUGACAAGCCCAGCCGGUGCCAUUUGCUGUGUGGGCUGGAGCUGGAGAGGAGCGAGUUCCGGCCGGUUAGCUCCCUUCGGGCAAAGCAAGGAGCAUUAGCAUCAAGUCCCAGAGGAUGGACGAUUGGGUCUUAGGGGACUCUCUCUGCAUGCUCCAGAGCCAUUGGCGCCUUGAUGCCUUCUGUCCCUGAAAGGGGACCUAUGUGAGAUGGUCUGUCGUCAGCCUCUGUCAGAGGCAGGCAGCAUCACGGAGGGUUGCUCAAGAGCAGUGGCUCAGCCCAGACCUCCUUUCAGUAGCCCAGUAGCUUGAGGUGUGGGCAAGGGAAGGGAGGUUAUAAACUUUGCAACCCCAUCAUGGACAGGAGUGUUUUGAGCCAGUCUCUCGUUUUGCUGGAUCCUCAACUCCGCCCUGAAGGGGGGGACGUUUCCCUUCUGGGGCUGGAGCAGUAACAGACAGGAAUGCCUGCCAUUGCCGCAGGCUUUGCUUCUCUGCCUCUUUCGGAUUCCAAGGGGAGGUGAGUGACAAGGAAGGGACAGAGGCGCCGUCAGCAAGGGGAACACAGGGGUCCCGUGGAUGAGCUAAGCAGGUGCCACCAUCCCAGCCAAGCGCACAAACGUACACGCCACGCUGAGCCAAGCAGGACAUGAUCCUUGAGGUGUUCAGGCCAAGCCCGAGGGAGGGAGAAGAGAAUGUGUCCAAUCCCCGUGGAGAAGCAGGGGUGAGGCUGUUGCAUUCAAUGCCAAAUGCUGUCUCCCCUGCCCAAGCUCUGCUCUUCCACUGACUUACUGAGCCCCCUUCCCCCCACCCCUGCCCUUUGGGAGGCUGGGGCCAGGAGCAGGGCGGGGGUCAGGGAUACAGAUGCAGCACGUGAGUCGAGAGAUGCUGCUGCCACCGCCGUUCAGUCAAUAGCACAGGCCUGGGGUUUGCACAGGGAUCACUCACUGGUCACUUCCCUCUCCGCUCCCCUGCCCGGCAUUGUCUGCUAACCCCUACUGCUAGGGAACCCGGGCACCCUGGCGGCUGAAUCCAAGAGCUGCCCGCCCAAGGGGGAGGCGUCGGACUUUUGUCCUCCCCUUUUCGUGCAGCAGCGGAGGGCUGACAUGCCAGGCGGGGAGCGAGGGGUGUGUUCUGCUCCAUCCCAGUCUCUCACACUGAUCAUUUAGACUUGGGGGGGAGGGGGGUUACCCUUCAGGAACCUCUCGGUGCUCGGGAUGUGGAGGGCCGCGCUCUGCUCCAAGUCACACGGGGCAACGUCAGGAAAGUCACUGGGUUUGCGUGGGUGAAACUUGUAGCCGACUCUCCCCCAGCACCCUCAGUUAGCUCAUCCUGCUGAUUUUGAAGGGCUGCAGUGAACUAACGGGAACUGCAAGGAGCUCCUGUAUUUAUAUUAGGCUAAAUCCUGAGAGGUGCUGAGUAUUGCCAACACCCAUUGACUCCAACAGAAAUGGCAACACCACUUUGGAGUUGACCCUAUCAUCUCUGGGCCAGAUCUUGAAGGCCGUAGUCCGAAACUCCUAAUGGGAGCCUGGCCUAUGUGAUCUGAUUUGCUUUUGUUGGACAUUAUAGACGUCUUCCGGCAUUCAUUCGAGUUGCUAUUUUUUUUCAGUUACUAUAUUUUUAAAUUAACCCUUCUGGUGCUGGCUUCUGCUGCAGCGACAGACCAGUCAGCAGAGCGUCUCUAAACUGCUAUUAUUCCCUCCCUCACAAGUCAUGAAAUGCUGUACCUCGGAAGCAAGGGAGGUCUGUUUUGUCCCGUGCACAGGCAUGUGAGGCAGUGAGGAAGCAGAUCAAGAGUUCCUGCUAACCAGCCCCUCGCUGCUGCUCCCAGGCUGUUCUGCCACAGCCGGGGCACCACCUGUUUCUACUUGGCACGUGGGGAAGAAAUAACCCAGUUCAGAUACUGAACCAUGGCUAUGCACAGCUUGCAUCCUCACAGGCUGAUGCGGCAUCAGUGGUCGGUGACUGCAUCUGUGUGCUAUGGCUCAGUGUUGUCAUAUCUUCCCCUAUUGACAAGGUGUUGUCCCAUUGUCACUCAGCAUCAUGGCACUGAGAGGCCCAAAAUAUAGCCAGGGCUCAUUAAACGUCUUUCAGGACACUAGAUAGUCUCCAGAGAACCAGGGAAUGGCACUCAGGACGGGUGUCGAUGCUGUUCUCUGCGUGACAGAGCGCCCAGGGGGUGGGUGUCUUAGGCAAUUGAUAGUGAGAUAAGGAGCCUUUCACUGCUGGGCCAUAUUCAAAUCCACCCUACUUUGGUAGUGUCUGAAAGUUACAAUCUGAUCACUGCUCAGGGGUCUAAGUGAAACGAGUUGGGUGUAGAGAGGAUUCCUGGAACCUAAGCUCGAGCCCUCUGCAGUCAAUGGAUAGACUCUUGUUGACUUCACUAGACCUUAGCUCAGCGGUACAGAACAGGUGUCCUCAUCGCUGGCUGCUCAGCUGGUCUCUUUGGUGGCAGUAUCAGCAGACCAUCCAGUGACUGAAUCAGCAUGAAGACUGAACUAUCCUCCUUAGACUCCAGGCCAAGGUUGAGGCUCAGUGUGGGCUACUUUGCAGUUAGUCUGCCUUGCUACAAACUAGACAGUAUCUGUUCUGCAGACCUAGGACUUCAGACACCAGGGCUGUCACCAGCUGUUCCUUCACUCAUCUUAAAAUGACAGGCUGAAAUCUAACUGGCGUGGUUUAACUGACAACGCUCUGAUAUAAUCCUUCCUGGUCGCUCUCAGCUUCAUACCCCUUCUCCCACCCGCAACAUCGUUGGCUGGAAAAAACCCUCAGACCUGUCACACCACCAGCUUCCCAAGUGAAUGGACCUUUGUCCUGUCUAACAAGGCCGAUGAAAGUGACAGAAAUGCCUCAGAUUCGUGCUGUCCGUGGUAGUAUAUUGUUGGAGAGACUGCCCUGAACUUCUCCGUGCUUCGGAUGCACUGGGGCUUGACUGCUGCGUCUAGGAAAUCGUAGGGGGGAUCUGAAAAGCAGCAUGGGUAUAGAGUUAAAGGCCCAGUGCUCAAGAGGAAUCGAAGGUGCUACAUACUAGAGUUGUGUUUGGCAAAAUACAGAUAAGGCCUAGUUAAGAUGGGCACAGGGACAGAUCUGGCUGCACCAAAACUGAAGAAUGGUAGAAUUGCCCUACUCAUCACCAUCUCUUUCUCCUGUUGCUCGAGAUGAGAAGACACUAUUGUAACAGUGGUCCAGCAGAGUUGCGUGAGAAUUGCCCGCCUGGCUGCCUUGUAGAAGCAAAGUGCUGGACCAAGCCCAUCACUGAGAACCGCAUCCCACUUUUGGUAUUAACUUCUCUUGGGUGUACAGCUUCCAGACAUGCAAAGUUAUGUCUCCUGCUGGAAUGCCCACUGGAGGACUAUGGUGUUAUCAUUUCACAUGUGACGCUAUUGUGCUAUUUCCAUGGGAACCUUGGGCCUCCUAGAUCAGAUCGAGAUUGGCCACCCCUGCCUUAAAACAAGCGCAGUACAGGGACUUGCUGCUGCUUCACUCUGAGGUGCUGUCACCAUUUCUGUUUCUGAUACCAUGGAGACAUUUGAUAGUGUUUGUGCUCACAGUUCUGCUGUAUCCAUCCACCACCUUUCAUUUCCGGUAUUAUUUGAUGUUUGGGAAUAGCAAUACCUACUAGCCAAGGCAAGUCAUUGGUGCUGCUGCAGUCCUCCAUGCUACAAUAAUCCAUCAUUGGCAGCUGGAUGUGACCUGCAGGUCCCUGGUGAUGGAAGACUCUCCCUACACCACUUCCAUCACCCAUCCUUUCCUCGCUCAUCCCUGUGGGAAGGAGUCCCCUCAAUACCUUGUGUGCUCGACGGUGCUGAUUGAACUUGGGGGAUCUCGGACUCCUAGACGCUCUUGGAACAGGAAUGGGAAAGAGAUUUCAGGGGUGUGUUGAGAUCACAAAGCUCACUUGAACUAAAGACCUAAGGAAUAUAUAGGACAUUGUCAAACUGACUUCCGUGUCAACCAAUUUGAAGCUCCCUCUUUCUCGUAUGGCCUCCAGUGUUGUGUUUCCCGCUGUCUAGGGUUUUUUUUUUUUCUUUUUGAAUUCAGUGGUAACUAUGUGCCUUUCCUCCUCAGGACCUGACACAAAUGACCUUUCUGCUUUCAUUUGUGUCUAACAUUUUCCCUCCCUAUCUGUCACUAUUAAACAUGAACAUAUUGCAUGGAAUACAAUAC